AUGCUUAUAAAUUUACAAGGUGUGGUUGUGAUGUCAUGGUGGUGGGCAGUCGCGUUGCUCGCGCUUCAGGCGCCCGCUCGCGCCUCGCCCCGGGCUGGCUCCGGGCUUAUCAUAAUAUACUGCCUCGGUGGUGUAGUGGCUAGCAUGUACGGCUGCACACUCGGAGGUCCUGGGUUCGAGUCCCGGGUCGGGCCACGUUUAGUUAUUGAGUCCUUCUGUAUAGUAAGUCUCAGUAACAACCCGGAGUUGAAGUUGGCGGUGUUUCACCCCCGUGCCUCGGAGAGCACG